AUGGUAGAGCUCGAGGACUGGACUCGAGACACCUCUGAUGUAGAGUUUAAAAAUCCUCACAGUGAUGCGCCCCCCGGGACCGGCUCUCAAAGCUGGACAGUCCCGGACUUCAGCUGGAUGAAGACCAAAGAGAGGCUGCAGGGGGGACCUCAGAUGUUUGCUGUCAAGAAAAAUGUGUGUGCUCGCUGCUGUGAGCUGGAGAGGAGCAAAGAAAAAGCUGAACCAGCAGAGGAGAGCUGUGCAGGCCGCCUGUCCACAAGAGAAGCUGGGCCGUGCCUGUUUUGCCAUCAGAGAGGUGAAGCACAAGAGGGCAAGAAUUUUUCACACCCCAGAGCUCUUAAUGCAGGGUCCGGUCUCCAUGGAGACCCUGUCUGCAAGAUAAAGACGUCAUCAGUCACAGGCUUCCUGAGAUCUUCUCCACUGAGCGAGACGAGUCCUCCUGCAGAAUCAUCCACCACUCAAGUGCCAUUAAGAUUGCAGAUCAAAGUAUCUGGCCAAAGUGGUCGUUUGGGGAUCAGCAUCGCGGGUGGAAAAGGUUCUCUGCCUUAUAAAGAUCAAGAUGAAGGCAUUUUUAUUUCCAGAGUAGCUCAAGGAGGGCCAUCCGAAAAGGCUGGGAUCCUUGUUGGAGACAGAGUACUUGAGGUCAACGGCGUCAGCAUGCAGUGUGCAACCCACCACGAAGCAGUCGCUGCCCUCAGGAAUGCCGGGUGCUGCAUUAAGCUAAAGGUGCUCAGAGAAAGGCUGCUGCCCUCAGACAAUUACGUCCCGACCGUGCUUCUGGAUCCACCGGACCCGGCGGGUCGGCCGGUGUGCCAGAUUAGCAAACAGUCCCAGCUGGAGGAGUCAGAAAAAUGUUUGCCCAAGAAGAUUGAGGCUGUUGUCUGCAAUGGGAACAGUGCUUGCGAUUCUGACAGUGAUCUGAACAGAACCCUGUCUAAAAUCGAAGCAGAGGAAUUAAAAUUGGACUCACUCAAAGAGAUGAAUCACAUAAUGUCCAUCCCCCGGAUUAUACUCACUCACCCCUCUACCUCAGAUGAAGAUGUUGAGCUCUUGUCACAGAUUCCCAGAAGAAUGUGGCUUCGUGACUGACAAGCAGACCAAUGUGGGCACAUUUACUCAUUUGGAGCCCAUUUUGGAGUUUUGUGGAUGCAAUAGAGGGACCAGUGGUGGUUCCUCUUUUUUUCAGGGAUAUACAUUGAAGCGUAGGAGUUUACAUUCGCUCAGCAUGGGCUUGUUAACCAUAUUAAUUUUAGGAUUUUAAGGAUUUACUAAAGAUAUUUUAAAACAUGUGGACUGAUAAUACAAGAUACAAAUUAAUAGAUUUUACAAACAAGAAUCUGAUGCAAAAAUGUAUAUUUAUAGCAGAUUUUCUCUGGUGCAGGUUCAAUUAUAACACAUUCCAAUUAAUAUUUAGAUAAAUGUUCCUUAAGGAAAGAAACCUCAACCAACACCCACUAUGUAAUAUUUUUUUUUGUUUCCUGCCACGGUCAAGACUUUUUUCCAGUACAUAAACUUAUUGCUACCAGGCUCUAUCUGUUAUAAAAAUGAUGUUUGAAAUAAUUUUUCUUUUGAAAAAUCCCAAAAUAGAUGCAAUAAAGGUUAUUUCUUUUCUAACUGUGCCCAAAUUUCAAUGCUCUAGCUGAUGAGUUGAGAUUAUGAUAAUGAAUCUGAACACUGUGCUAUUUCUGAAUUGACCCCCCCAUUAACAUUGAAACAGAAUCUUAGCAUAAUACUGCCACCACCAUGCUAGGCAGCUAGCAUAAUGGUAUGAUGUGUAAAAGUAUUAGCUUCAUUCCACUUGCUAUAAUUCUUGUCAUCUCUGCCAAAAAGCUUAAUCUUUGGUCUUAUUUGACCAAAAUUUUCAAAUAACAGAAGGUAUGUGUCUACACAAUUCAGCUUGUUUGUACAAAUUUGAUCCUGUGUUUAGGACUUAAAUAUUUAUAUUUAAAAAAAUAUUUAGUUUGUAUGUUGUAUCAUUAUUUAAAAACUUCAUAGGAUGCACCAAAAGCCUGAAAAAAGCUCCAAGUCCACCUAACACUCAUGGUGAUUUUUAGCAUACUUAAAAUUAAGACCAACAGUGUUGCUACUGAGGAUUACUGUAAAACCAGUGGAAGGAAUUUUUAGCAUCAACCAUAAUUGCUGCAUUUAGAGUUGAAUUUAAGUCCGACGAAAACUUUUUUUUUUUUUUUU